CAAGGGUGAUAGCUAGCCAUCCCCAGUUCUAUUUUCUAUUGCAAAAUUAAGAAUAAUAAUAAUUGGGAAAUAUGGCUUGCAUGGGGGCCAACAUUUCUUCACCUUCUCGAUGUAGGGCUAUGUGGAGUGGUACUACUACUUCCCUCGGACUUACAACUAAAAUGGGGUUUUGUGCAUUGACUCGGAGAUCGAAAACCCCUGCGCGUGAUCGUUCACAGCACUGCAUGUGCAUGACAAUGCCAUCGGCGCCUCUUUCGACGGAGAUGGUGAUCAAUGGAGUGAAUAACUCUGUCUUCGCGACUGUUCUACAUCCUCAGGUCUUACCUCCAAAAGUUGAUGAUAACACCAAGAUGCUAGAACUCCAAGAGAGAACUCAACUAGCACUCCGAACGGCGCCAUCUGAAAUGACAAUCACCGACGCGUUGAAGUUGGUAGACACGCUUCAGCGACUCGGGAUCGGGUACCAUUUCCAAGAAGACAUCAAUGCCUUACUUGAACGAUUUUCCGACGGCCCGAACCCACUCCACGAUGAAGAUCUCUUCACCGCCGCACUAUGUUUCCGGCUACUCCGACACAAUGGUUACCAGAUGAGUCCUAAUAUCUUUCGAAAAUUCAUGGACAAAAGUGGGAAAUUCAAGGAUUCGUUGAGCACAGACAUAGAUGGAAUGCUGAGCUUGUAUGAAGCUUCAUACUUGGGCACAUAUGGGGAAGAUGUAUUGAACCAUGCCAUGGAAUUCACAGAGGCUAAGCUGAGGCAAUCAAUUCCAUUGAUGGCUCCUCAAUUGGGAAGAAAUUACUCUCAUGCCUUGGAGCUUCCAAGGCACUUGAGAAUGGAAAGGUUGGAAGCCAGAAGGUUCAUUGGAGAAUUUAGUAGGGAAAGUGACCAGAGCCCAUAUUUGGUGGAACUAGCAAAGUUAGAUUACAACAAGGUUCAAUCACUGCACCAAGCAGAGUUGACUGAGAUUUCCAGGUGGUGGAAGCAGUUGGGUCUUGUGGAAAAGCUCACUUUUGGCCGUGACCGGCCACUGGAAUGCUACUUGUGGACUGUGGGUCUCCUUCCGGAGCCCAAGUACUCAAACUGCCGAAUUGAUCUAGCCAAGACCAUUGCCAUUUUACUAGUUCUUGACGAUAUCUUUGACAGUUACGGCUCUUUAGAUGAACUUGCCCUCUUCACAGAUGCAAUUCAGAGAUGGGAUCUUAGUGCAAUGGAGCAGCUGCCCCAAUACAUGAAGAUUUGUUACAUGGCCUUGUACAACACUACCAAUGAGGUUGGGUACAACAUACUCAAACAACAUGGAUGGAGUGUCGUUCCGCACCUUAAAAGAACGUGGAUAAAUAUGAUUGAAGCCUUCCUCCUUGAAGCUGAGUGGUUCAACAACCGAUACGUACCCAACCUAGAGGAGUAUCUGGAAAAUGGGGUAACAACAGCAGGGUCAUACAUGGCCCUGGUGCAUAUUUUCUUUCUCAUUGGACAGGGGGUUAACAAGGAAACUAUAGGGAUGAUGGAUCCAUACCCCAAGCUCUUCUCCUCCUCGGGCAGAAUUCUUCGGCUUUGGGAUGAUUUGGGGACUGCAACGGAUGAGCAAGAAAGGGGAGACGUAGCAUCGAGCAUAGACUGCUUCAGGAGGGAGAAGAAUCUUUCAUCCGAAGGCGAAGCUAGAAAGCAAGUGAAGCAACUCAUCCGCAGCCUAUGGAAAGAGCUCAAUGGCGAGUUUACAGCUCCGAAGCCGUUGCCCCUACCCCUCAUAAAAGCAUCCCUCAACAUGUCAAGGACUGCCCAAGUUGUUUAUCAACAUGGAGACGAUAACAAGUUCUGCAGUGUUGAUGAUUGUGUAAACUCUUUGUUCUUCACGCCCAUUGGGUUUUAGGUCAAGGGUCCGAUCCUAUUACAAUUUGUAUAGCAUCGGACAAUUUGCCCAAAGACUUGUACAAAAUUGGGCUUCUUUUUUUUCCAUGUUGGUGCAUUGGGCUUACGAUUCCUUUACUUCAGUCUGAAUCGGGUGGAAAUAAACAUUUGUCGACUCAUCCAAAAUCAUCUCAACCCACUGGCAUAUCAUCUGCAGCAGAUGCUUCGAAUGUCAAUCAUAAAAGUUCAAAGAUUUUGAUA